GCGGCAGGUGUCAAUCGGAGGCGACGCCGUGCGUCAGGUGAGCCGAUGCCGGGAGGAGGGAAGUUUUGGCGGAGUUUGGCAGCGCUCCUCCGCUGCCCGGAAAGUUCAAAAGUUUGGGGGGGAAACACCAAAGUCGGCGCACAAACCUCGCAGUCCUCCUCCGGGAAUAAAAUAUAAACCUUUAGACUGGAGUAGCCAUGAAGAGCUUGAAGUCACGGCUGAAGAAACACGAAGUGACUCCCAACACAUCAGAUUGGAGCAAAUAUGACGACCGUUUGCUGAAGGCAGUGGAAAAGGGAGAUGUGGACAAAGUUACAUCAGUGCUGGCCAAGCGAGGGGUCACCCCGACCAAGCUGGAUGUGGAGGGCAGAUCAGCCUUCCACGUUGCAGCAGCGAAAGGGGAUGUCCCCUGUAUCAAUGCAAUGCUCUCCCACGGUGUUGAUGUCACGGCAAUAGACGCUGCAGGACGAAGUGUGUUACAUCUCGCUGCUAAAAAUGGGCAGUCGCUGUGCUUGCAACGGUUACUCCAGCAAGAUUGCCCUGUUGACACUAUAGACCAUCAAGGUAGAUCUGCCCUUCAUGAUGCAGCUGUUGCUGGUUGUGCAUCAUGUGUGAAGCUACUCUUGGACCAUGGAGCUGUUGUGAAUGUCAAGGAUGGGGAUGGAGGGACCCCUCUUCUGUUGGCUGUCCAGGCAUGCCACCCUGUGGCCUGUCGCCUCUUACUGGAUCGCGGAGCAGACGUCAACUCUAGGGAUAAAGAAAGCAGAUCGGAGCCAAUCCCGGUUAAAGCAUGGACACAGUGUUUGCACUAUGCACAGCUCUCCAAAAACCCAGAAGUGUUGACUUUGAUCAGAGCUGCAGUGGAGAAGGCAGGUUAA